CGCCUGUACCCGGGUCUGGAUUGGCUCGGCGACGCCGCCUCCCCCGCUGUAAUCCGUCGCGACUAAUCCGUCUCCCAUCCCUCCGUGAAAUCAGUCAAUCAAUUUGUAGGUGAGCAAUCCACCGCUCCCAUUCUCCUCCGGAUCCGCGACGCCAUCCCGCGCCUACACCUCCCCAUCUGCGCUGCGAGGACGAGGGGAGGAGGGGUGGGAUGAUGGGGCGGAGCAGGGACGCCAGUGAGGGGCGAAGGGCGGGGCCGCGCUCGUGCGGCCGGUGUGGAGGGGCGGAUGCUAGGGCCGGCGCAGGGAGCCGUGCACCGGCAGAGGGGUGGAGAGCUCCGUCUCCGCCAUGCAAGCGCCCGCGCACACCCUCGGGCUCCGCCUACCCAUCGACCGCUUCGACGCCGGCAGCUUCCCCACCCGGUUCGCGGCCCAGAUCAGGAGGUUCUCGUCGGAGGGAUACAUCGACGGCAAAAACAGCUGCAGGCUCGACGGCUGCCUCCGAUACUGCAUCGUCAGCGGCAAGAAGGCACGGGAGAACGCCGGGCUAGCCAAGGCUCUAUUCGACGCGCACGCCAAGGUGCUACCUCCAACUAUUGCUUUUAUGCUGCUGCAAACCACAUACGACGUGGUGAGGCUGAUAUAAUCAUAGCUGGUGGUACUGCAGCUGCAAUUAUUCCCAUUGGCCUUGGAGGUUUUGUGGCCUGUGUACUGGUUAUGGAGAGCCUGGAGCAUGCAAUGAAGCGUGAUGCACCAAUAAUUGCAGAAUACUUGGGAGGGGCAGUGAACUGUGACGCUUACCAUAUGACUGAUCCUAGAUCAGAUGGACUGGGUGUCUGGGUGUAUCAUCCUGUAUCAAAAAGAGCCUUGAAGAUGCAGGUGUUGCACCUGAGGAGGUGAACUACAGUAAUGCGCAUGCAACUUCAACGCUUGCUGGUGACUUGGCUGAAGUAAGAGCCAUUAAGCAAGUCUUCUAUAAUACAUCCGAAAAAUUAAUUCAACGAAGGUUUACUCACCUCCAUCUGGAAUUUGUAUAUUUUUUUACUUGGAAGGAUACAUUUUGUUUUAUCUUUAUUCCCUACUAAUAGUGUUUGCCUCCAUCCUUGCCCGUCAAUGAUAGGCCUUUGUCUAGGUGCAGCUGGUGUAUUGCAUCACUGAACUAGCUAGGUCAUACACAAAACAACAGUGAAGUUUCAGGUACAGACUGAACUGAAGAGGUGAGGUGGAUUGCCUGGUCUAGCCGAUUCUUGUGUUUUUGUUUGCAGUGGUAUUUGUUAGGGUAGGGUCGGCGAGUUCCAUAGAGUAAAAUUUGAUUUGCGAUGAAUAAGAAUCAAGCUUGUGCUUGGAGGGAUUUACUGGUCAAAUAAAAAAUUUAUAGGCUUUCUUUUAGCUAACUAGCAUUCACCUUGCAUGAAGAAUAGCAUGUGAGAUAAGACGGCCCAUUGUCGUUGUUUUUCUCUGGCUUUAUUGAUGAAGGUCAGAAUAUUUACUCGAUUUCUCAUAAGCAAGUUCCUAUUUUUCUGAGAAAGAAAAGAAGAAAAUUUGUGACAUACAUAACAUCUUUUCCUUGGGGACUGGAAAAAAUGACAAAGUGUGCAUAUACUACUUGGUUAUAUCAAGUGUAAUUAAGAAUGUGAGUUGGUUUUCCACUCCCGGGUUUGGUUAACAUUUUAUAAUAGAGGAAAUGCAGUAAUAUUAAUAUGAUUGUACUCAAAAUUUUGAUGCAUUUUGCUUUGCCAAUAGGGCUGGGCCGUGGGUGGAGAACAAGCUCAGGGAGGACGGAGAUAUACGCAUGAAUGAAUGCUCAUCUUCGGUGGUGGUGGUUUCAUUUUAUCACAAUAAAUCAUACCACAAAAAAUCUAGAUGUUGGUUUCAUUUUAUCACAUUAUCACAAUAAAUAAUGAAUCAUGACAAGUUCUUCUCGAUCUGCUAUCUGGGUUGGUUAAUAUAUUAUUAAUUAAUAUUAUUUUUUGUUGAUCUGUCCAUUGAUGCUCA